CAGCGGAGGAGCGCUUGCAGUGCCCACAACCGGGCUGCAACCCGUCUUGAAACCGUUUCUGUCGCAGCAUUUGCACGCGGUGAUCUCUUUCAGCGAGCUGUGCAAAUUCUAUAUAUCCGCGGUGACUCCUGCAGCCGUCAGCAAGUCAGCGUCAGAGACCCUGCAAAUACGUCGCUCGGGCGCCUAAAACGGACGUAGCACUGCAACGGAGUAGCAGCAUGAAACGACGACGACGCGUCGCAACAGCGUUGCUCCUCGCCACCGCGACGGCGCUCGCGCCGCCCGCCGCGCGCCGGCCCCUCACCAGACUGGGCGCCGUCGACCUCGAGGCCGAGACGCCGGCCUCGAACAUCCGCAACUUCGCGAUCAUCGCCCACAUCGACCACGGCAAAUCCACGCUGGCGGACCGCAUGCUCGAGACGACGGCCACGGUCGCCGCGCGCGACAUGCAGGCCCAGCUCCUGGACUCCAUGGACUUGGAGCGGGAACGGGGCAUCACGAUCAAGCUGAACGCGGCGCGCAUGGCCUACGAGAAGGACGGCGAGCCCUACGUGCUCAAUCUGAUUGAUACGCCCGGCCACGUCGACUUCAGCUACGAGGUGUCGCGCUCGCUCGCCGCCUGCGAGGGCGCGCUGCUGGUCGUCGACGCGGCCCAGGGCGUCCAGGCCCAGACGCUCGCUAAUGUCUACCUGGCGCUGGAGAACGACCUCGAGAUCAUCCCCGUCCUCAACAAGAUCGACCUGCCGGCGGCGGAGCCGGAGCGCGUCGCCGAGGAGAUCGAGUCGACGAUCGGCCUGGACUGCACGGACGCGAUCCUGGCCUCCGCGAAGAGCGGGUUGGGCAUCGGCGACGUGUUGGACGCGAUCGUGGAGCGGGUGCCGCCGCCGAGCGACGACCAGGAGAAACCGACGCGGUGCCUCAUCUUCGACUCGAAGUUCGACGCGUACCAGGGCGUGGUCACGUACUUCCGCGUCGUCGACGGGACCGGCAUCGCCAAGGGCGACAAGGUCAAGUUCCUGGCCACGGGCAAGACGCACGACAUCACGGAGGUCGGCGUCAUGGUGCCCGAGCGCAUCCCCGUGUCGGACCGGGCCCUCAAGCCGGGCGAGGUCGGGUAUUUUGUGGCCUCGAUCAAGUCCGUCGACGACGCGCGGGUGGGCGACACGGUGACGGUCGUCAAGUCGCAGUCGCACGCCGUGUCCACGGACGAGGCGGAGCCGCUCCCGGGCUACGCCGAGGCGACGCCCAUGGUCUUCGCGGGCGUGUUCCCGACGGACGCGGACCAGUACAACGCGCUGCGCGACGCUUUGGGAAAGCUCAAGUUGAAUGACGCUGCUUUACGUUACGAGGCGGAGAACUCGCCGGCCAUGGGCUUCGGGUUCCGGUGCGGCUUCCUGGGGUUAUUGCACAUGGAGAUCGUCCAGGAGCGGCUCGAGCGCGAGUACGACGUGGAUCUGAUUAUUACGGCGCCGUCCGUCGUCUACAAGGUCGUGCCCCGGCAAAAGAACUCGGAGGCCGUGGUGGAGAAGGUCAUGAAGGGCGAGGCGCUCAAGGAAGGCCUGAUCCAGGAGGCGAGCGAGGAGGAUACGCCUACAGUGUUAGUUGUGGACAACCCGUCGCGCAUGCCCGACAAGGACCGGCAGCAGCACACGCUGGAGCCCUACGUGAGGCUCGAGGUCAUCGCGCCCACGGAGUACACGGGGCCGCUGAUGGACCUGGCGAACGAAAGACGGGGCGAGCUCGUGGACAUGAAGUACCUCACGCCGACGCGCACGACCGUAAUCUACCAGAUGCCCCUGGCUGAAGUGAUUACGGACUUCUUCGACCAGGUCAAGUCGCGGACGCGGGGCUACGCGUCGAUGGAGUACGCGCUGUCGGGCUACCGCGAGUCGCCCCUGGUCCGGUUGGACGUCAUGAUUAAUAAAGAACUGGCCGCGCCGCUCUCGACGGUCGUUCAUGAACAAGACGCCCAGGCCGCGGGCAAGGUCUUAGUAAGGAAGCUCAAGGAGUUCAUCCCGCGCCAGAUGUUCAAGGUGCCCAUCCAGGCCUGCGUCGGCGCGAACAUCGUCGCCAGCGUGCAGCUGUCGGCGAUGCGCAAGGACGUCCUCGCCAAGUGCUACGGCGGCGACAUUAGCCGGAAGAAGAAGCUCCUCCAGAAGCAGGCCAAGGGCAAGAAGCGCAUGAAGGCCAUGGGCAAGGUCACGGUGCCGCAGGAGGCGUUCAUGGCCGUGCUGAACCUGAGGGACUCGGGGGGCGACUAAAAUAUUAGAAAGG